AACAAAGCCCCAGCGGCGCCAGCCUUCGUUCAGAGACUGUCCGCAAUUACUGCGAGUCUUGAAAAGCAAAAAAGGGAAGAGAAAAAGGCCGAACACAUGGAAAAUGCUUCAUCCCAGAAAAAGAAGAAAAAGAAGUUGGAAACACAAUCGGCGGGAACUUCCUCCCUCGACAAGAAAAAGCAGGCAAAGGACCACAGCUCGGAUGACGCUGCGAGCAAGUCGAUGGCGGAUGACGCUGCGCGCAAGUCGGUGAACAUACAGUCCAUGACUCGGGAAAGCAUGCACGGCCCGCAGUCGGGAACGUUUGGAGCGGCCAGCAGCCCACGUGGAGACGCUGUGCAGACUGGAGAGCUUGCCGCCAUCAUGGGUGGGAGCCGCCCACGAAGGGACCCUGUGCUUUCCACGGAGCAGCGCAAUUUAAAUUCCGGACAGCCGAAGAGAGCCUCCAUUAUUAUGUCGGGCAACAACAUGCAGUCUCAGUCAAGACCCGCGAGGGAGUCCAUCAUCCAGUCGACCGGGAAGAAAACCAAAAACCGCCGCGAGGGCAGCGGUCGCGGGAAGGUUCGGGGAGAGGGGAGCGCGAUUGACGAUGGUCGAGAGAUAAAAAUCGCCGCCCCCGAAAUCCAGUACUCAGAGGAACCCCCCUCAGGCCACUUCGGCAGCACCAGCUCGAGCAGCGAUUUCGAGGUGGAUAACCACCACCGACCGAUAAACCGCGCGACGCUAGGGCCCAGUCACCUGGCCGCCCUGGCGAAGGCCCAAGCCAAACAGGAGCCCAAGGCGAAGGCCGCCCCUCCGAAGAGCGUGGACGCGAGCAAGCUGCCCGCCUCUCUCGCAGGAGACGUGAUCCAGUCCCGAGGGCAGGCAUCCUUCGCUGCGCCCACAAGUAGCGGAACGCCGACGCCCGCAAGUUCGAAAAAGACAACCGCGGCCACGGGUCCUCUUGCGGUCAAAACGAGUUCGCAGAGGCGCCCCGAAGGUUCGGCGAAGAUCGACGCAGUUACGAGCACAGAAGACGAGGAGGAGGAGGAGGAGGAGGACAACGUGAAUGGGGCGAGUGGCUCCAUGUUGUCAAAUAACCAGAACAGCAAGCGCACCAUUCGCUUCACGCAUCUCUCCGACGACUCCGUCCGCGAUCGAGAUGGGAGCGACUUCCUGACUGUGCGCGUGUCCCAAGCCCACGCGUCCGUGCGCCGCUUGAUGCAGCGGUCGGAGACGGACGGGGAGCAGGAGGCGAGCGGCAAGGACGUGGCGGACCUGCUGUUGUACGCGCUCCACCAGCUGCUCGGCCGCGACGACUCGCUCGCACAGACGUGGCGCGGGGUGAACAACGAGAAGGUCGCACCGGCGGGCGGGUCUGGGACGACCAGCAGACCCAGCCAGGCGCGCGGAGCCAUGGGCAUGCUCGCGCCCGAAAACCGAAUGAUGGACAAAGCGACCGCGUUUGCGGCCUACCUGCGCAUUUGUGAGGAGAGCGUCCAGGCAGCGCGGGACUUACUGCAAGAAGACGCGGUGACCGACGCCGCAGCAGCACAACAACAUCAAGUCGCCGACGGGGACCCCGAGGCGGAGGCGGUACUAUCUUCGUCCACCUCGCCCAUGCACCUUCCGCUUCUCGUGCGGCAACGGCAUCUGGGAUGGCAAUUCGCGGGGCGUUUGAAGGCGGUGGGACACACCAGCAGUCUCACCGCACUGGUGGAGGGCGUCGAAGAGGUGUUGACGGGGCGACUCUCCGCGGACGACCUGUUCUUGCUCAAAGAGCUGCUCCUCGCCCUGGCGGACUACGGCGACCGCUGUACCGAAACGGCGUACACGGAAUUGCUGGCGUGGGUCAAAGAGACCUACAGAACGUUCCAGGAAACCUAUGAUUUGGCUCGCCCGGAUUCUAUACGCCUCGCGUCACUCACCUCUGGUACAAAAAUUGGUUAUUAGAAAUGCACUCGAUUAAUGAUGAUACAUCUUCUGAGACGGGCACUCCACUUAGAUUCAGUUUUUGAUAAGAAAGUCUCGUUCUUAAGUAUUUCUUUUUCUUCAUACGCGGCUAGCUGCCGGAAGAUUUUUCUAUAAUCCAAAACGACAGGGUCUCCCUUGUAUCCCGACAUGGGACCGACGAGCGGCAAGAGGGGGGCCGGCGGUUCUCACGUUUUGCCGGGUGCAGGGGCUAGCAUCGGCAGCAACUCGUCCUGGCGAGCCGCCCUGGGGACCUGUUUGGUCGCGGAGUUGCGGGAGAUGCGAAAACUGGAGUACUUGCUCCGCGGAGUCGGCUUCACGCAGUAUCACGACCGGCUGCUGACGUCGGACAGUCACGACUACGACUUUUUCGUCGAGUCGUACCACGAUCCUUUCGAGGCCCUCGAGCGGAAGAUUGUGAUCGCGCUCGACUUUGAGUUCGAGUACGACGAGUUGGUCAAGCAAGGGAACCGGGCGAGUCUGCGAUCCUUGGGAAACAGGUCAAACAAGGACCGUCAGCACCGGACAGCCGGUUCGAGGACUGAAUCGUUGUCGAGUAACGCACACCUGAGUGAGAACGCGCGACGCGGGUCGGGAACCAGUUCGCAGCUCGGCGGGAGCAGCUCCGCGUUCAGCGAUCCGCAGUUCAGCGACCAUCCGAAGGAAAAGGUGUGGACCGCCGAGGAGGAGCAGCGCAUCGCCGACAGCGUGACCAAGCUGAUCGUGGACCACUUCGGCCGCGCGCACGUCGAGGGGGCGCUCCUCCAGAGUCAGAGCCGCCGCGCUUCCACGGUUCUGGCCGGGUCAAGGAUUCACUCGCCGGCCGCGUCGCUGCGCUCGGAGGUCGCCGCGCCGCCGAGUUCAACAGGGCCCGCCAACUUCGACCUGCACGUCACCGAGGUAAAAAUACGCUAGCUACAAAACGCCUUUUGAUAGAAAAUGUUUACUAUUUCUGGCUGUUUGUAGCAUUCGCUUUCUGCUUUUCCAUUUUUAAGAACGAAGUUUCCACUUUCGUUGGUGACUGAAUCUGGUAUGAAAAUUCAAUAAUUUUUAUCCCAGGUUUCCACGCCAGUGACCACAUCGCGAGUAAGCUUGUCUCUGCCCCCGACAACCCGCGUUUCGGUUCGCCGCGAAGCGUUGGAUCGGGGUGACGCGAGCGGGCGGUCUGAUGUGAGUACCGCGAGUUUUCCAAACCAGCUUUACCCGGCCGGGACGGCGCACACCACCUCGAGUUCGAGUAAGUCGCACAGAAGCUCCUUCGUGCUCUCCGGUACUACUGCGUCCGGUGUGCAGCAGCAGCAGCUCACGGGGGCAGAAAGGCGGGAGAAGUUCGCGACGGACUACGAAUGGAUGCAUGCCGAUCUGGAGCAGCGCGCGACCAUUCCGAGCGCCAUGUGGCGCGCUGUGCACGUGAACGAGAGCACCGCGAGCUACCGCGAGAGCGACCACGCGUCGGCCGGGCACCAUAUCGGGCGCACCUUGGGACGCCCGCGGAGCUCGCAAGUGCCCAACACGCUGUCCGGGGGGAAGACCACGCUGCUCUCGAGCAAGAUUCAGUCGGCCCUGCAGUCGCCAGCCAGCUUCCACGGAGGUAGUAACAACUCGGCGAUCCGGGGGUUCUCCGAGCCGCGCGGCGGCCACCACGACGCAGAUCGCCUGUCGAACGGCAGCAGCCACCACUUCGGGUCCCCGCGGGGCGAUUCUUUCCGGGUUGUCGAGUACCCGCUGCCCGCCGACGACGCCAAACGGCAGCAGAAGAGCAACGAGGACCAUCCGGAUUCCCGGAAAGAAGUGGUGCAGGGUGGCCAGAGCGCCGAUCUCGCGAGCCGCACCACGUGGAACCACGGACAACUGUUGUCCUCGGGAGCAGGGCUGCCGGAGUCGCGAAAGGAGGUCGUGUACGGUGGGCAGAGUGCGGACUUGCAGAGCAGAACCACUUUUGAGCUGCGGUCGGGAGCAGGUGGUCAGAAACUGUCGAGCCGCUUCGACGAGGUGCUACUGGAGCAGGCCCACGACCAGCCGCAGUCCCGAAAAGAGGUCAUGUACGGGGGGCAGAGCGCGGAUCUGCAGAGCAGAACGACGUGGGAGAAGGGCAUGGUGUUGAGCAGUGCGGAGCAACAUCAAGCAGGAGCCCCGGUGGACUACGGCGCGUAUCCACCUCCCGCGAGCAGCCUGCCGCAGUCCCGAAAAGAGGUGAUGGACGGGGGACAGAGCGCUGACCUGGCGUCCCGUACGACUUGGGACCUCCACCGAGGAACGGACGGAUCCGGCGGUCCUCCCACCGUGCUACCGGAUGAGGCAGCCGACUCAAAUUACGACUACGGAGACAAUUCCCUGAUGCGGUAUCUGCGCACCUUCAUGCGCCCGGGGCAGAAGCGACCGGAGGGAGAAGCCACCAGCAAUGCAUCACCCCCGAUGCAUCAAGGAGACGAGAGCGGGGGUCUCGACUCUGCGGAAGGAUUCGCCUCGGUACUCCAAUCGUUUGUUGUUAAUGUUCCUUGGUGAUCUCAUUUUCAUUGUACUCUACCGUCGUUUGAUGUGCUGGUUGAUUUGCUUGGAUUGUAUGUGAGCAUGUAUUUGGUGACUUUUGCAUGGCAAUAGCCGGGGAGUGUGAAGCUGAAGCAAGGGAUGCGGUUUGGUUUGCCGUAAGGCGAGGAAGGAGCUGCAAGGAGGUUGCCAUGCUGCUGACGAUGUAGACCACCUCUCGGACGGAUGAUUCCCAACACGGUGGCAGGCGCAGUCGAAAAGUUGUUUGCGGGCAGGAGGUCUUGGUCGAAGUACAUCAUAAAGUUUAGAAAUCGCAAUCGCAAACCAGGCAGCGAAACAAGCGAUGUGCGACUGAACAAGAUCCAAACAGGGAAGAUCAUCCACCUACAGCGAUCUUCGCAAAGACUGAUCACGAGAACCGCAAGAUCUCGCAUAUUAGGGAAGUAGCUUAUUUCUACUGAACGAACCACGGAAACAAGGUAGUGACCACGUCAAUCUAUUUGCUGCAUCGAAUGCGGAACGACCACAACAGGAAACAAGAAAUAAACGUGCAGUGAUGUUUUAUGGUGUCGAGAGUGCUCCUGUCACCCCAGCAGGGGAUGUAUCUAUAUAUUUUCAUGGAGGCCGACUAGAGUUAGCAUUUAUUGUGCCAAUCCUGACGGGAGCAUACGAUCUACUUACUCGAUUUUCACAUUUCUGAGAAAAUUGAAAAUACCAAAAUCCACUUUAAGUAGAGUUCUACAUGCUUUUCUUGUCGAAUGUAACUGCGAAAAGAUUCGCAGUGCCUUUUUGCGUGGUCCGAGUAGUAGUAGUCGAAAACGCAUCUUCAAUGCGGUAAGGACCGAAACAGACGAGCAGGAACCGCUUGCACCGGUGAUGGCGGCCGCUUGUAGUGACAGUAGCAGCCCGCGGCAACGGUUCCAACCUCCUGCAAUGGUUGACCACACCCACCGCGUUUCUUCAUCUACCGGUGGGAACGACCAACUUUUUUCGAUUUCGAAGCCAAAGCCGCGGAGACGGCGGUCUUUGUUUUCGACGCUGCGAGAUGGCGGCGGUGGGUCUCAACCGCAGGAGAGCGCAGGCUACGAUACCGAAUACGACCUCGACAAGUUUUGUAUUGACAGCAACGGCAAUUUUAACGCAGACCUUCCGUUGUUCGAUCCACUCCCGCCUUUCGUUCCUUCACCGCGGAACAGAAACGCGAGUUUUUUCAGUGCGAACGGAACGAGACAGGGGUAUUACUCACCUACGGUAGGUGAAAAUAAUAAACGGGGCGGUAACAGGACAGCGUCUUUUCGCGUGAACGGGAAUCAGUGUGCAGGGCGCUUUUCGCGGAGUUGCAGACCCGGCGUGUCUGGUACUUCUUCUAGCCGCAACAGCGUCGACGUGGUCCACGGCGAUGCUCAACAUCCGGGUGCUGCAACGCGCUUCACGAUGUUUGACGACAGACGUGGGUCUUUCAGAAGUACCACGGUGGAGCAGUCCCCGACCAGUGAUUACAACCGUGGUGGACACCAUGACGGUUCCCACGACGUCGCGGGCGGGUCCGCUUCUACUUCGAGUUCUAGUUCAUCAUCCCGUUCUUGGAUGCAACAGCAAUCAUCUUUUUACAUUCCACCGCGCAACCCGCAGAAAAGUAUUCCUCCCCUGGAAGAAAGUGAGGCCCGGAGGAAGCACAACAACUCCCGUCGGAACCACAACCUGCAGAGUGUGGCCUCGGGAGGACGCGGGCCGCGGGUUCGGGGUUCGGGUGGCCACGAAGGCGGUCUUGCGGAUGACGGUACUACACGGGGGGAAGUGGGUAUGCUCCCUAGCACGACGCUGCCGCGCGGAAGCGCCGGAUCGGGGCGAACUAGAAGCAGUCAGCACGUUGGUGAAGGCAACGGUGCGCCGGCCGCUGGGACACCCGGGAGGCGGACCGCAAGAGGCGGCGAGGCGGGUGUUUUCGGGAGUAGAUUGCGAGCCGCGUCAAAGUUGAUGAGCAACCUGUACGCCGAGGCGGACAUUAGUUGCCAUCAUUUCAACGCACAAAAGCACGCGAAGCAACACAGAACUACCCAGAAGUUCGAGACAGAGGAAGAGCAGUGCAGUCAGCCUCUACCGGAGGAAAUUCAGAGGCUGUUCACGAAUGCCAACUUUCCAACCACUAGCGCUGCAGCUUUUGACGAACUUGUUGCGGAUGAUGAGAAGCUCGACGACUGCCCUGCAUUGGCAGAGGACAAUCUGAAAGAACCGUGCCUCGGCGAGUCGAGUCGCAAGGUUAGAACCCCGCGCCGCUUUAGCGCCGUUUCUAGUAGUACCGAAGUGGAGGGGAAAGAAAAGCGUGAGCAUGCUCUGGAUUCUGUCACCUCUCCCGACGGGGAAUCUACCAGGACAUCAACUUGCCCAUCAAUGACCCCAGUUGUAGCAUCAACCACUCCUCCUGCCGUGCUACGACCCGAAGACGAGCACAAAAGCUUUCCUCCGCCGGCCCCCCGUCGUGGUUUCUCGACUAAUAGCCAUAGCACCAACUUAGCAGGUUUGGUUUUGGACCCGAGAUUUUUCGUGCCCGCGCCCUAUCCCCCCGUUUGCCAAAACCUGGGAGGUUUUAAUCCCUUUUUGAUCCCCCUUGAACCACACCCGAUUCCGCCGCCUACAGCGGUGCACAGAGGGAAGCCAUCAACUACAACACCAACGGUAGAUGAUUGUGACCAGCCGUCGUGCGCCGUGACCAAGACGGGGACCACUGCGCCGAGGAAGGUGAGGAAACCGGUCGAACAGAUAGGCAAGGGCGUGGUUGUUACACCCACGACUGGUGUUCAAUCGCAUGACACCCGGAGUUCGCCGGCAGAAGUUACGACUUUUUCUCAGCAGGAGGUCAACAAGAACGACCACCCGAGGAAAGAUCGCACUUCGAGUAGUUGUGAAGAUGCAGCACGACUACAGCAUGGGCAACUACAUAAUGUUCUUGCAGCAGAGAAUGAGAAGAUCGAUUCGGACGACCGCAAGAACGACAACGACUUCCACACGACAAGCACGCCUCCAGAGCGGCUUGCGAACCCGUAUGAAAUGUGGAAAGAAAAUAAAUCUCCGCAUAGCAGCAGUGCUGAGGGUUCCGACAAACAAGAGGAUUCAACUCGGGGAGGCGCAGCACGCCUUCUCCAACUUCCACCGGAGCCUAGUGCUGCGAUCGCGCGCGCCUCCGUUUGUCCUCCUCCUGGCCUCGCAGUGGAUGCAGAGCCGUCCUCUCGGGACUCGAUGGCUGCCCUGUCUUGUGUCGACGAGGUCCCACGAGUGCACGCCGGCCGACGCGAAAAAGGCAACAACCACGGUCAUGCAGCAGGAGGGAGAACUGUGCAGGCAGGGACGAGCUUGCGAGAGCGAAUAAUACGCUACGGGUUAGAAGCACCUGCAAGUCCUCCAAAGUGCGCGUCAUUACUUGUUGAGGGUAAACCUCCAGAGGCAGGAGCCCAGAAUUUGCAGAAGAACCACGGUAUGACGAAGGGCGUUCCACCACCGAUAAAAACCCCCAGGAUUAUCAGCGAUGGGGAUCAAGCAGUUGUGAAUACCAAUGGCAAAGACGAUCAACCGCAGCGCGCGCACUCCGACACAACUACAAAACACCAGGCCCAUCGCAACGAUUCCGUGCCUCCGAAUUUCGCGCUGUUUCUAGGCGAACUCCCCGGCUUUCGCAAUAGCGCGGCUAAAAAAGCAAACCACUGUAGCAGUGAAACAUCUUCAUCAAGCAGUAGCAGUGCUACUUCUUCUGAUAGCAGAAGCAGUAGCACUGGUACUGCUGGAAAAAAUAAGAAUAGUAGUAAAGAUCAACAAUUACUAGACAGUUCUGCUACAACAACAUCAAAGCAACCAUCCGGAGGAGUGGAAAAACGUAAAAUUACAACAACAUCGACUAAAAAUCAGGCGCGGGACGAGCAAGACGACGGGCUCUUCAGUUUGACCGCACAGGACGUUAGCACGGUGGCCGCAAGCUUCGGUAGCAACCUGAACCCGCGGAUGGAAGAGCGCGAUAACCACGCACUUCCGCAAAUUUUACUAGCCACGCCAACCCCUGCCACCAGGCCUGGGAGCCCAGCAUCAAAGAGCGCAUCUUCCAGAAAGAAGUCCGGCGAGAGCGCGGGGUCCUCGCCGGAGCUUCGGGCCGCGAAAAACGAGGCCGACUUGCGAAAAGCCGGGCGCACCCGCAGCGUGCGCGCGGGCGCCGUGGAGGACUUUUCCGGAGAUUUGGGAAAACGGAUCGCGUGGCACGAAGAGGUGGACGUGACGGCCUACGUGAACGACUCCGAAAAGGGAUCCUUGUUUUGGAACAUCGAGACUUUGCGACGCUCCAUCACCUUUGAGGACCGUGUUGAGCUGCAGAAAAUCCAGGAGGAGCUGGAAACCAGUCACGCGAACGAGCGCGAAACCCUGAAACGACGCGAGGAGUUGCUGCUCGCGCAAGAACGCGCGGCCCUACUUUCGAAAACGCGCGAGAUCGUCCGGGACCUGAACUUGAGUCGCGAGUUUCAGCAGUUGCUGGACGUCACGGAGCCCAUCGGCCAGAACGUCCCCGGCGCGGACAACUCCUCACUGGUCCGCGAUCUCGAAGCGUCAAAAACCCACAUACAGGGUAGUGCCGUAACAUCAACGUCAAGUGCUGUGGUGUCUUCACCAACUAGUACAGCGGGAGCUGCUGGUGCCAUGAUUUCCAGCGGUUCCGGCUCGCCGCGCAGUGGUGCUGUGGCGACGACGGCGUCCACUUCGCCCGCGUCGAUUCAGAACUACGCUGCCAGCGACCCGAUGGAUGUGGAUACGCCAUCACCAAUUUGAGACGACUUUUUCUGUAUUCUUAUCGACUGUAUCUGUAUUAAAAUCUUCACGAGAUAUUUCAUACCGUUAUUUUCCAAACUAGCACUGACUGAGUAGACGACAAUAAAAUAUCAACAACAGGCAUCUAUUUGAAAGUCAAAGUGUGUAUUCUACUGAUGCUCCUGGAAGCCUGUUUGUUGAGCGACCUCUUCUGUGGCGACGGGAUGUUGGAAGACGAUCGAUUUUGCGGAAUGUCCAUGUGCGUCGCACCAGGCAAGAAGUGAAAUCGAUCGUUUUGCAAUGAUCUAUGGUCGACAAAAUCAACCUCGACAGGAAA